UCGGGCUAUUGGUUAAUGUUUUUGUUUUGUCGUUUCAUCGAGUAGUUGUGUACCUACUUGUAUUAAGUUUUGAUUUGUUUCUUUCUAAAUAUUUGAUUAUUUCUCUGGCUGGCUGGCUGUGUGAACUUGUUACUUAAUAUGUCGUGCAAAAGUCUUAAAUUCACAUCGUUGGACAAAGUUUACCAGAAAGGUGUAGAUGCGUAUUCCAAAGAGAGAUGGUCCGAAUGCAUUGUCCAGUUUGAAGAAAGCUUGCAUUUAUAUACUUUGCACAAAGCCGUCAUUGUUAACUGUAGGUUGAAGUGCAAGUCUGAAACUCCUAAGACUGAAAUAGAAAACAUUGAGGAUCUAAAAGUAUUUGAAUAUUUUAUUAAUGCUAGACAAUGUCUAACUCAAUGCCAGCAAAAAGGAUUCGACGAUGUUCACAUGUACAAUAAUGUAACUAAUACAGUGAUAGAAUAUUUACAGGCAAAAAAGCCAUAUUCUUACCUACACAUGUGCUAUUUCCAAAUGAAUGAUUUACCGAAAGCAGCUUCAGCUACUUACACAUAUUUAGUGGCACAUCCCGAUGACGUUGAAAUGAAAAAAAAUGUUGAUUAUUAUGUUCAGCAGCCGGAAGUGGAUGAAAAAGAAGUAACUGAUCUGGAACGUGAUGAUUACCAAGUUCUUUACAAACUUGGCAUACAGGCUUAUAACCAGAAAAAAUGGGAUGAAACAGUAUACAAUAUGGAAGAGGCUUUAUCCCAUUUCCUUUCGUGGGAAAACUCUUGCCGUGCUGAAUGUGAUCGUCAACCUGAGCAAGAGUGGUCACCAGAGUUUGCCAUAACAGUGUCAAAUAAUAUUGCCUCUGUUUUAACGUGCAGGCAAAGAUGUCAAGAAGAUGUAAAACCACGUUAUAACUCUGGCGUAGAAAUAUUGGCUGAUAUACUAAACUAUAUACAAAUAUCAUAUUAUCAUUUAGACAGAAUUGACAACGCUGCUAAAGCUGUUGCCACUUACUUAGCAUUAUUUCCGAAUGAUGAAGAUAUGCUCGAAAACAGAAUCAUUUAUAAAAGUCUCAUUGAUGAGAAGAAAUUUGUAGAAAUACCUGAUAUAAUAUACUAUUUCAAAAGAGAUAAGAAUGAAAAACAACUGCUUGAUUUUUUUCAUAAAGAAGAUAAUAGUGACCUUAAUGCCAAUACAGUAUAGACAGAUACAAAUUUUCAAGAUAAUGUAAUUUUUUCUAUUUUUGUUAAAGUUUUUAAUUUUCAAUAAUA